AUGACAGUCUCUAUGAAACUGGACAAGGCUGAUAAAGCAAAAUCAGCCAUCCUACAGCUCCUUAGGAAGGAGCGGCCAUUUAUAGGAGAGGUUGCAUCCGUAGUCGGGCAAAUGGUGUCAUGUUUUCCUGGAUUUAAAUAUGCCCCACUGUAUUACCGUGCUCUCGAAAAUGACAAAACUGAUGCUUUAAAGAUGAAUGGGUGGAACUUAGAUGAGAGAAUGCUCAUCUCUGAUAUAGCUAAGAAAGACAUGUCUUGGUGGCUUUCAAAUAUUGACAAUGAUCCAUGUCCUGUUCUGCCUAUGAAGCACAAAUUAACCCUUAAAUGCGAUAGCUCCCUGGAAGGUUGGGGAAGUGUCAUUGAAAAUUCUCCCCUUGUUGCAAAUGGACGAUGGUCCUACAGUGAGAGUAUGUGCCACAUAAACUACUUGGAAAUCAAAGCAGUCCUUUUAGGCCUUCAGACUUUGUGCACAGACUUAACCAACUGUAACAUCAAAGUGUUGUCUGAUAACCAAACAGCGGUUUCCUAUCUGAGAAAUAUGGGUGGCACCCACUCUCGGGACUGCAAUGAGAUUGCAAGGGAAACUCUUCUGUGGUGCAAGGACAGGGGCAUAUCCUUAACUGUCACCCAUUUACCUGGGAAACAAAAUGUUGAAGCUGACCUAGCAAGUAGACAAUUUCAUGAUGACACUGAAUGGUCAUUAGACACUCAUUGUAAUCGGGAAAGUACUUCAGAAGAUAAUACUCGACAAGACAACAGCAAUCCUAGUGCUCCCCGACUGGCCAACACAGUUUUGGUACCCACGAGUGAUGUCAAUGCUAGUGGCUCCUCCACACCGAAUAAAGCUGCAGAAGUCAACACUGACCCUUCCCUACGAUGUGAAGAAAAUCCACCCCCUUUACCCCAAGCUCCUACUGAUUGGCUGUCUUGUGUCAGGGAAUCCCUCCAGUUACAAGGAAUAACUGGGGAAACUUUGAGCAUCAUCAUUGAUUCAAGGAGAGAAGGUACUCGGAAGCAAUACAGAACUAGCAUAUCUGCUUUGAUAAAUUACUGUGAAGAACGGAAGAUCAGUAUUACAACACCUUCACUGCCAGAAUUGUUGAACUUUCUAACUCUUCAGUCCAAAAAGCUUAGCUACAGUGCUCUAGGAACCACUAGAAGUGCCCUUUCUUCAUUCAUCAACAUUGAUGGCUUCAAAGUAGGAGAACACCCUAUCGUUUCACGUUUUAUGUCAGGUGCCUUCAACAGGAAACCAACUUUCCCCAGAUAUGUGGAAACAUGGAACCCUCAAAUUGUCCUUAACCACCUUAAGGGCUACCCUGACAUCAAGGAAAUGUCUCUGAAGCAAUUGACAUGGAAACUGACCAUGAUUUUGGCCUUAGUCACAGCACAACGAACACAGACUCUUAAGUUGCUGUCAAUUGAUGACAUGCAAACUAAAGCUGGCGAAUAUGUUUUUCCAAUUACAUCCAUUCUGAAGCAAACAAGUGCUAAUGGUGACAGGCAAAGAUAUCUGCAACCUAUUGUGUUGAAGAAAUAUGACUAUGAUAAAACCCUUUGCGUUUUUACAUUGUUACAAGAGUAUCUUAUGAGAACUGCUAAGCUAAGAGGUUCAUGUUCUCAACUUUUAAUUUGCCACUGCAAGCCUCAUGGGCCUGCAUCGAAAGACACUAUUUCUAGGUGGCUCAAACAGGUUAUGCUUGAUGCCGGAAUUAACACUUCUGUUUUUAAGCCUCACUCCACCAGAAGUGCAGCCACCUCUGCGGCAAAGUCAGCUAAUGUUCCUUUAGAUGAAAUUAAGGCCACUGCUGGCUGGCGUUCAAGCUCUGUGUUUGCUGUUUAUUAUAACAAACCACUGUUUAAUGAUAGUUCUUUUGCUAACAAUGUACUGGGUAAGAAUUAG